AUGAGUGGCAGCCAAUAUGCUCACAAUGUCCUUGUUCAGCCUUCUGCAAUACUCCAAGCUAUAUGUUGCCGCCUUACAGAUGGCAGCGUGCCCAAGAAUUUAGUACUUCUUCGAUCUGGUUUACUGGAGGUUUAUUUAAUAGAAGGAGAAAAUCGGAGUACAAAGCUGAAACUUAUUACGUCUUAUCAAUUACCUCCAUAUAUGAGAAAGAUCUCUCGCCUUUUGGAUCUCCAGACUCAUCGUGAUUUGAUUGUUGUCUCUUCUGAAACAGAGCUUCUUAUUUUGGAUCAUGAUGCUGUUCUAAAGGAAGUCUUUAUUAGGAGUCGACGUAAAAUCGAUUUUCCAGGUCGAAUACAGUUGUUGGAGUCUCCAGAUCAAAAGUUUGUAGUCUGUUGGAGUUCGACAGGAAUUAUUUCUCUAUACUCAGCCAAAGAUUCGGCCCCCUUUACAGUUCUACGUGGUCUACCGGCUAUCCAUGAGUUGGUCGACGUGUCCAUUGCAGUUUCUGCGGAUACUGCAAAGCUUGCGGAUCUUGGCCUUUCUGCGACAACCUUUUUCUUUGCCAUUUUGUGGGCAGAUUCAGCUCAUGACAUGUACGUCCAAAUAUUUGCUCUUUCCGAUCCUAGUUCCUCCCAAGCUUCUGUGCUAAAAGAGAUCACGAGAAAGAUUUCAAUUCAGUCACAGUAUUGCUUUGUACGGCCCUUUGGUCGCGAAGACUUCAUAGUUGUUGGUCCAAGCUCUCUCUUUGUUUUAUCCACAAAAGCCACAGAUGUAACUCCCAUUUUGCAUCCUUGUGCAUCUCCAACAAGCCUCUCUAAUCCUUGCAUGUUAGUGGAUGAGCCUCCUCGGUCUUUAUUUCUGCAUGACAGAUCAGGCCUUUUACUGGAGAUACUACUUGUUGAUGACUCCAAACGACAGACAGCACAGACACCGCCUCUUGUUAUACGUUAUUGGGGCCUUGUUUCCUCGUCAGUGUACAGCGUACUCAUCAGAUCCGACGUACUUUUCCUUUGCAGUUAUAGUGGUCCGUCACUACUACUUUACGUUGAUUGGAAUAAGUGCAAACAUUUUUCUUUUUCACUUAAAGACACACUUGGUGUUUCCGAUAGUUUGGCUACGGUUAACAGAACUAUUGGUCGAGAGAAUCAUUGCGAGCUGGGGGAUGAGACUGUUCCAGAAGAAUCAGGAAGUACAGGCCACCAAGCAGAGCCCAUUGAAUCACGGACAUUUCAGCAUCUUUCAUCGAAUAUUUUGGCAAGUAAUUCACAGCUUAAAUGCGGCACACCUUUGAUUCUGGCGCAGAUAACCCAUAAGGGACCAAUAGUUGAUAUUUGCUACGUGUCUGUUCGUGCUACCGAACCUUUUGAAUACACCUACCUCCGCCUUGAAACACCGCUUUUUUCUUCUGAUUGGUCCCCGAGUACGGACAUUGAUUACUUUGUUCGUCUAAUGGGAUCUACACUUGGAUCCCUUGACAAUAGUAUACGAAGAAAGCGUCCAUAUGCUUCUCUCUCAUCUUGUUCUAGACAACGCACCUUUCAAAUUAAUACUUCGGCAGAUAAUACUUCUCUCAAUAGCCUGGAUGAUCUAAUGCAGUGGGCCUUUCGGCAAACAAAGUAUUCUAGAGUCGUACAAUCGAAAGUUCAAGCGUACAAUACACUUGCCAAUAUAGCUCUUUCUGCCGAGUCGGCAAUUUGCACUAUCAGUGGGUCUGAUAAUUCCGGAUCGAUCAACGUUUAUCAGAGACAGUUUUCUCAUAAACUUAGCUCUCCAAUUUACUUGCCUGGAGUUUUAUCUAUUACAAAGUUCUCUUCAAAUACGCUUCUUUUACGGAUACAUAAUCAAGAGUGUGGAAAGUUUGGCUCUGUUAUUCUCCAGUAUUUGUAUGAUAAUAAGCUCAGGCUCAAACUGUUUAAUCGAGCACCUCUGCCACUCAGUUUAUACGAUUUUGAAUCAUAUCCAAUUUGUGCCUGUAGUAAUCCACCCGACCUUCAAAAAGUGACCUCGUCUACUUUUGUUCUUAUGAGAUCUGUAUCUAGCCUUUUUGUUCUCGAGCUAGAUAUAGAUUCCGAUAAGCUGCUCACUGUGGUCUAUUCCACUACUAUUAAGGACUUUCUUUCUGGAUCACCAUCGUGUUUUACCAAAGAGGAGGCCUCCACAUUUAACCAGCUGCCUCAAACGUAUUUUGAUACAGUUACUAUUACUGCUUUGGCGGUGUCGCUUAAUGGACGUAAUAUUGCAAUCGCUCUCUCUAACGGAGCAAUUAUUACAUCUCGAUUUACCUUGAAAGAUCACAUGUUGGAGGCCAUUAGAUACAAAAAGUUUUCUAUCUCUGAUGCCUUUCUUCAUCACAGUGGUCAGGUCACAUUUACUAUAUACUCCAUUGCUGUAUCUGAUGAAGGCUGUGUUUCCGUGUGCUGUUUGGGUGUCCCUUACGUUUUUUUGUUGGACAUGGAUUUGCGGCACAUACUAGACUAUCCAUCCGGAGACAUUCUUUAUGUUCCCCCGCGCAACGCUCAUUCUUCGCCUGGGCCCCAUACCAGUCGCUCCAGCACAGACGAAAAUGCCAGAUGUAUCCUAGAGGAUAGCACUCUUUCUAGUAUACUUGCAGGAUCAUCUGUUCAAUCGGUAGAUGAUAUUUCCCUUUUAGUGCAGCUCAAGUCAGGGGAUCUCCAAGGUCCCAUGGGUGAAUCUGAGUGCACAGACGUUCGAUUUGCGGCUUGUCCUUACUCUCAUAGUGCUGCUCUUAAACUAUCAACUCCAUCCGAGCUUAGAUUUAUAGGCCCAAACUGCUUGGUUAUGCUUUCCCUUGAAGGUACAGUGCAUGUAUAUGUAAUAGGAAAAGGUUGCACAGGUAAGCAAGUCUAUUUUGUUUGUGACAAAAUGUACACGUACAGAUUUUCUUGUGGAGAGGUUGUAUAUUUAUCAGUUAUUAAGUCAAUAGGAUCUUCAGCUAACAGCCUCCAUUCGGACGAUGCAGAGCUGUAUCUUUCUUCUAAGUCGAGAAAUGCUGUGAUGCAUAUUUCUUUGAAUCGACAGCCGGAGAGAUCUCUCGGACCGAAACCUUAUCCUUCAGACAGAACUGAAACCGAGAAGCGCGUGUCUGGUUGUACAAGAAGUCCCCUUUCAUUUGUGAGUGAGAAAGUGGACAUUCUCGUCGAGAUAUUUAGCUGCAUUGAUAGGUUUUCUAUUAUCUUUCCCCUUAUGCAAAUGAAAGCAGUUCAAUCUCACAUUAAGCCCUUUGAUCGGGCACAGCUAGAGAAUCAACAAAACGAGCAGAAGUGUAACUUACAGUGCACGUGUAUGGAUACUUACAUCGUUUAUAACCCCGACAAACAGAUGCUCUCACUAGCGCAUAGAUCCCCGUCGACCAUCAUUUGCUCAAGUGCUCCGUUGCCAGGACUCCCAAGAAGGCUCGCCCAUAUUGUCUACCACGGAAUGCUGUGCGUAGGGUUCCACUCUCUACGCCCUCUAUCUUCGGGCGGAGGAACCAACCAGUCGACUACUUGCGGGGGAAUCAACAAGACCGCAUCAGUUGUCAAUCUGAUGACAGGAGAGGUCGGAGAAGGAGCAGACGAGCCGGACAUCUCUGCUCUCCAAGAGGGCCCGGUAGAGCAUUACUCCUACAGCAACGUAACCAGGACCUUCGACGUACUAGCCACAGGGAAUCCCGGAUACCCCGCCCCCACGAGCACUAUUCCAGAAGCCCUGAUGCACCAGAACUCGUACGCUGCAUUGGGAUUUUUCACGUACAACUUGCGCCCGGUCUUCACGGUGCAGCUUCCCGACAACGCCGUCAUCAGCGGAUUACAGUACAUGCCGCUGCGCAGCGACAGGCUUCCGUUUAUUGUUGUGAGUUAUAACCUUCCGUCUGCCGAGCAGGCCGACGCCGAGGACGGAUUCGUAGCAGUCUACAGCAUGAAGAUCUCGUACUCUCCGAAGGAGGAGUAUGCGGUAGAGCUUGUUGCGAACUUUCUGUUCAGCAACAACACCGUGUGCGACAUCGCACCCUACACAAACCACCGCGUAGCUGUCUCGCUGCGAACCGCCGUAAUCAUCCUUGCCUUGGUAACAGACAAAGACCUGGCCCAAGAGGACGUUACGAGGGACACGCACGGGCUUCACUUUGGCCAAUCCAUAGGGAAGCCGUUUAUGAGCACGGAGUACCAGCUGCUGGAGGUGUACGGCUGCACCGGGCCUGCGCUGCUUCUGAAGCUAGGCACGGCGUACUCCCAAGUGACUAUACUGGAUAUGCUCAAGGGCGUGACGCUCAUGAGCGACGGGCUAAGGACUGCGCACACUACUCUGGAGCAGCCCCGCCUGGUAAUCCAGUCACAGCUCUUGCAGCGGAUGAUCCCGGCGUGCAUCUAUCAGAUAGGCGUCGACGGACCGAUACUGGUUGGGGAUCGCGCAGGGUACAUACACAUCAUCAAACUGCACAGCUCGCAGGGGCUGAAGACUGUCGCAUCCCAUUACGUCGGGGAACAGGUUGUCUGCUUCGGCCCCGCGCCAGGCCAUCGAAGGGAGAGCAGCGCCGUCGCGACGAGCAGAAGCCACGCGUCUGGUCGGCAGCUCAUUGAGCCGUAUCCUCCCAUACUAUACGCGACGAUAGGUGGCCAAAUAGGAGUCAUCAUAAAGGUCACCGAGCAGUGCUCGGCAAUGCUUUGCCUAGCAGAAAGCGCCAUGCAGCAGAAGGGCCGAGCUCGCCGGGAUCCAGACGCCCUCAUAGAUCUGGACACCCUGGAGCGAUACAGACACCUCGACGAGGAUGAAAAGCAGCUCGUGGUAGCCGGCCUUCUUUCAGCGAAAUUCGACGGGCUCACCGCAGACAUCCUCGCGAGCACCAUUGGAGAAGUCGCAAGGUUCGCGGCCCCCUGGUGA